AUGUCAUCGUUUUCAAAUGGCGCUCGCCGAUGCCAAGAGAUGAUUGGCUUUAUGGUCAAACAAACAGAUACUCGAUUAUAUCGAGCUAAUGAUUCAUUAGAAGACGAAACAAUAAAACAGAGAUGUUUAUCGCACUUCCGAAAACUUCCAAAUGUUCGCUACUGGUUUGAGCGAUUGACACGUCCGAUGACAUCAACACAUUCAUCUUCAUCAGCCACACCCCUCGUUAUUCAAUCGAAGCGUUUAUAUGAAAGUAAAUAUCGCGCAAAAUACUUUCAACCAAUUAAGAAUCGUUUGAAUACAUAUCUAACAACAGAUCGAAUCAUACACUCGCCAUAUUUACCAUACGCAAGUGCAAUCAAACGGUCGUACAAUAAUAUUCAUUUACCGUAUGCGAUGAGUUCCUAUGGAAUAUAUCGUCAGUCACCAGUACAUCAAAAACUGACACCCUUUCAAUAUACAAAAUUAAAUCGUUGUAUUGAAUUGAGAACGAGACCACGUCAUGUUCAACGAGAUUAUCUUUCACGUAGCGUUGGCGACGAUUACUACUAUCCCACAUAUGACGAAUACAAUGGCUACGGGAAAACAAUAUAUAAUGACGAGAAAGAGAAUGAUAAAAUCACUGAUUACACUGAUAUUUUCAACUAUGCUCUCGACAGUACCGGUGUAAGUCAAAAAGAUAUCUAUAUUGGAUGA